UGUAUCCCUGCUCUGUUUGUGUGCUGUUUUUUCCAAAUCUGUAGAGCUUCCAUAGCCACACCACCCUACCUUCCCGGGCACGGAAAACGCAGCAUCUGGAGUAGCGAAGUGACCAUGAGCGGGCCGCCAGGCUUUCCGCCUUUUGGAGGUUUUAGACCAGGAAUGCCUCCAGGAGGCAUGGGAUUCCCAGGACAGCCGAUGCCGUUCGGUAUGCGACCCCCCAUGUUGAUGGGUGGGAUGCCUGGUAUGCAGGGACCUAUGCCAGGCGGCAUGCCGGGGGGUAUGGGCAACUUGCCAGGCCUGCGACCCCCUCCCGGUGGACCCGGUCCCGGCAUGCCCCUCGGCGGCCCUGGCCGCCCAGGCAUGGGCGGUGCCAGCGCGCUAGCCAAGUCAGUGUACGUGCCGCCCUCCAUCGCUGAGAAGAGCACCACGGUGUAUGUGGGCAAGAUCGCCGGCUCCGUGCCGGACGAGGUGGUGCGCGACCUGCUGGACGCCUGCGGCCGUGUCAAGUCCUGGAAGCGGCAGGUGGACCCGGACACCAAGCAGCCCAAGGGCUUUGGCUUCUGCGAGUUCGAGGACGCGGAGGGCGUGCUGCGAGCCAUGCGGCUGCUGAACGGCCUCAAGCUGGAUGGCAGCGAGCUGCUGCUCAAAUGUAACGCCGCCACGCAGAAGUACACGGAGCAGUACGAGGCGCAGAAGGCGGCGGAGAAGGCGGAGCGCAAGGCCAGGGCCGCGGCGGACAAGGCCGCGGCGGAGGCCGCGGCGGCGGCGGGCGGCGAGGCGCCGGGCGCGGAGGGCGGCGGCGGCGGUGGGGGCGCGGACGGGAGGGAGGAGGGCGAGGACGGCGAGGCGGAUGAGGACGCGGCGGCGGACAACCGCGUGCUGGAGGUGGUGAUGAGUGUGGUGUCGGAGCGGGAGGAGAAGACGCGGGGGAAACUGCCACCGCCGCCACCGCUGCCUGGCGGCGGCGGCAGCGCGGCGCAGGCGGCGAACGAUUUCCUCGCGCAGCUGGGCGGAGCCGGCGGCGCGACGCCGGGCAGCGGCGGCAAGGGCUUGGGCCGUGAGCGGGACCGUGAAGGCGAGCGGGAGCGGGAGCGCGAGCGCGACCGCGAGCGCGAAUGGGCUCGCGAGGCGGAGGCGGAGCGGCGCAAGGAUGACGAGCGGCGGCGCGAGCUGGACGCCAAGUACGAGGCGCGGCUGAGGGAAUGGGAGCGAUACGAGAGGCGUGGUCCGUGGCGGGGGUUGCGGGUGCAGCAGCGGGCCUCAGCCUCAGCCUCAGCAGCGCCCUCACGUAGCAGCCCGGAGCGCGUGGCGGUGCGCGAGCGCGAGCGGGAGCGGCGUGCUGCGGCCGAGGCGGACUGGCGGCGGGGCGCGCGCGACGACCUGGAGCUGUACGACAGCGAGGACGAGCGGGAGCCCUGGGAGCGCAGGCCGCUGGGAGGAACCCGCAAGUCCAUGGAGCGGCGGAAGCGCCGACUGGAGGAGGAGGAGGAAGACGACAUCGACCGCCAGCGCGAAGCGCGGGAAGAGGAGCGCCGCGCCGCCGCGCGCCGCGCCGCCGCCGCGGAGGCCAGCGCGCGCGAGGUGACGCCCGGCCCCGCCGCCAGCGGCGUGCAGGAGACGCCGGCGGUGCCGCCGCACCUGCUCAAGGCGGAGAGCCGCGCGCCUAAAGAGGAGCCGCCUAAGCAGGAGCCCGAGGUGGACACGAACGACCCCAUCUACCAGGCCAUGCUGGCGGCGGCGCGCGCGCCGGUGGCGCCGACGCCGGCGCAGUUCCCCUACCCAUCCGUAAAGUCGGAGCCGCACGGGUCGGCGAGGGCGGGCAGUGAGUCGCCGGGGCGAGGCGGCAGCGGCGGCGGCGGGGGCGUGGUGUCGGGCUCGACGGGGCCGGCGGCGCCGCCGCCGGCGGGCCGCGUGGCGUUUGGCUCGGGUCGGGGCGGCAUGCGCAACACGGCGGCGCUUGCGGCCAUGUUUGCGGAUGAGGAGGAGACGACGCACAAGCGGCAACUGAAACCCAUUCGCUACAGUGAAGAGGAGCUGGCGGCCGUGUCGGAUGCGCCGGCGGGCGGCCCGCCAGGCGCCUCCGGGCGGCCGGGCGGCGGCGCGCCGCCGCCGGCCGACCCCAAGGCCGCACUCAAGGCGAUGAUGGAUACCAUCCCCACCGCGCGCGACGGCGUCUUCUCCUACGCCAUCAAGUGGGACCACUACAACGCGGCGACCAUGGGCGAGAAGUUCCGGGGCUGGGUGGCGGGCAAGGUGGAGCAGCUGCUGGGCGUGCCUGAGCCCACCCUGGUGGACUACGUGGUGAAGCUGCUGGGCAACCGCACCGGCCCCGAGCAGCUGCACGCCGAGCUGGCGCCCGUGCUGGACAACGACACCGAGACCUUCGUCAUCAAGCUGUACCGCAUGGUCAUCUACGAGACUGAGAAGGCGGCGCUGGGGCUGUGAGGCGGCGGCGGCGGCGGCGGAGGUGGUGGCGGCAGUGGCGGUGACGGGCAAUAGCGUGGCAUGGGGUGGCUUGGCACGGCACAGGAUAGCGACUGUGUGGUUGGGUGCGAUGGCAAACCACAGCGCGCGCGUAUGCUCAGAGCCUCAGCCAUUUCAUGUUGCCAUUGGCAAGCCUGACAACGGCGGUGCAAGGCCAAAUCACCAAAUGGUGCCGCCAAAUAGGGCAGUCUUGGAGUUCCAUGUGUUGUCUGAAAGUGGUGCAUGCGGCCUGAGAAACCCCGGGAAACGCUGGAGUGGCCCUAGCCGAACCCACAGUGCAGACGCAGGGAUCAGUCAGAGGAGCACUCGACGGUGGGCUGGCCGCAGAGGCCGGUGUAAUGGAAUGGCGUGGCCGAGCGGCUGGCUGUGCUAUGGGACAGGGUCAAGGCAGGUUUGUGAAGUCUCGUAGGGUGCGCUGAUUCCCAGUCGACAGCAAACAAUUCGCAACGGCAGUGCGUGAGCGCGCGGCUGGCCUUGCUGAGCGGUUGGCUGUUGUCGUUUGUUGUCUGCAUCCUGGUC